AUAGUCUAUCAUAAAAAAUGUAUAACUGACGGAUAUAUAAAGAGACAGGCAGACCUGAUCGUCACAACGAAAACAGUGUCGAAGAUACUAGAACACAGAACUCUUCAAAGAAAAAAUGAAAGCAAUAUUUGUGGUUGCACUUUCCGCUCUUUUGGUGGCGUUUGUUUCCGCUACUCCACCACCUGAAUGUCCCGAUGAAAGCGAAGAUGAUGAUGUUGCCUUAUUUCCGAAUCCAGACGACUGCGCAAGCUAUUAUACCUGCAUUAGAGAACAACCGUUGUUGAUGCAAUGCCACCAAGGACUUGAAUAUAAUCCGGUAUUGAGAAUAUGCGACUGGCCAAAGAAAAAUGCAACAUGUAAACGCCGGCCUAUACGACCACCACAUUCACCACAUGUCUCCACAUCCAAAUCAACAAAACAUGUUGAUAUCGGCCGCAUACCAGUAUAAAUAACAGUAUAGACCCAGAGUGACACCGACCGGAAUAAUAUGAAAUCGUAAUUUGUUCGAACAGCACAACAUGUUGAAUAUAAAAAUAUUAAUAUACAGUAAUGUAAACAAUAUAAUGUAGAUUGAAAAUGUGGCAAUUAUAGGCAAUAAAAAAGCAUAAAAAUUAACAAAUA